UUUGGCUCAGUAAUGAUGAGGAUCCUAGCAUAGCAAAAGGGCCGCAGAUGCUAUGCGAUGCGCGGUCGGCUUGGUCGACUUGUGUUUUUCUACUCCUUGACCUUCGGCAGAGGCCAAGUCUUUCCGGCGGCACCUCGCCCCACAGACUCCGAGCCUUGCGGUUGCCCGGAUCCCAUCUAUGGUGAGGACAUUUGCUACGAGCCAGUAUGCCCUCCUGGCUAUUUCAGGUGUUGUGCGACUUGCUAUGAAGCACCCUGCUAUGGACUAAAGAAAGACCUUGAGUUGUCCUGGCGUGGCAUCUACGAAUGCAUCCUGUGUGAGCCGGGAGACUUUUGUGACGGAUGCGACACCUUCAAAAAGUGUCCCGACAACACACAGGCCUCUCGGGAAGGACCGCGAGUGUCCAGAGCAGGCUCCACACGGAUUGCCGACUGCGAGAGCUGCGCAGCUGGCAUGGAGGCUAGCUUCAAGCGAGAUCGGUGCGUGCAGGCCUAUACCCACGUUUGCAACGAGGAGUUUGUUCAACGCUGCAUUAGAAGUUGCAAGGCCGAAGAGCCUUCACGUGGGAAGAAGCUCACCCCAUGUGAGCAAAUAAAGUGUGAGAUGUACUGUGCGAAGCAGUGGUCAGAUGAAUGUGCAAAUGUUAUCGGAGAUAUUUGUAGGGAUCUCACAACGGCAAAGGACUCUGGUGUAAUUGGAGUCGAUGGAACUUCAGAGGUAGAAGUCCUGAUUUGCGACGUGGAUUGCAACGGAUCUUUUCAGACCUCUUUGGCCACCAUUGUAGCUGUGAUGUGUCUUUUGGCAGUGAGAUCAUGAGAUGACGACAAGAUUUGUGCACGUUUUGCGCCGUGGCGCCAGAUAAGUUUCACAUGCAUCGACAGCAGAUCUGCCUCCCAUUGGUCCGAAGGACAAUCUGGGAUGUUAAUGUUGAGUGCACCAGACGGUGCCAUAAACUCAGAUUUGUCAUUCUUGGCAAAGAAGUAGGAAUGCAGCAUGCAGCUGGACAA